AGGGUUACGGGUACACACAACAUGGUGGCUGGGAACCGUGAACUUCUCUCACCGGUGAAAAAAAACAUCCACACAGAAAAGUAUAUCACUGACGAGACGGACUGAAGAAAGCAAAGGAUAAAAAAGCAAAUGUCAAAAAAGACGAUGGUGCAUAAGGGACCCGGCUAUCAAAAGAAGCGGGAGGGCGAGCCGAGAAGCUGUAUCCGAUUUAAGUGCACCCUGAUAAAUACGAUACAAGAUGUGCUUCGACAGAGAGCUGGCUGGGUGGAAGUGAAGGAUGACAGCGAGUGGGAUUUCUACUGGUGUGAUGUCGGAUGGCUCCGGGAAAAUUUUGACCACAUCUACAUGGAAGAGCAUGUGCGAAUCUGUCACUUCAGAAACCACUAUGAGCUGACUCGUAAGAAUCUGAUGGUGAAGAAUCUGAAGAGGUAUCGCAAGCUGCUGGAGCGAGAGGCGGGGAGGCAGGAGGCGGCCAAGUGUGACUUCUUCCCCCGCACCUUUGAGCUGCCCUGCGAGUAUCACCUGUUCGUGGAGGAGUUCAAGAGGAGCCCCGGGAGCACCUGGAUCAUGAAGCCGGUUGCCAGGUCCCAGGGAAAGGGCAUCUUCCUCUUUCGCAAACUGAAGGAUAUCAUGGACUGGAAGAAGGAUGGGAACCGUUCAGAGGAUCAGAAGGACGAGACGCAGGUGGAGAGCUACGUGGCUCAGCGUUACAUCGAGAAUCCAUAUCUCAUUGGAGGUAGGAAGUUUGAUCUACGAGUCUAUGUGCUGGUAACAUCAUAUGUUCCUCUCAAAGCCUGGCUGUACCGAGACGGAUUUGCUCGUUUUUCCCUGACUCGCUUUUCCCUCAGCUGCAUUGACGAUCACUAUGUCCAUCUCACAAACGUAGCAAUACAGAAAACAGCUCCGGAUUACGAUCCUGAAAAGGGCUGUAAGUGGCAGAUGCAGCAGCUGCGACGGUACCUGAGCGCUCGGCACGGAGCGGAGCGCGUGGAGGCGCUCUUCAGGAACAUCGACGGCAUCUUCAUCCGGAGCCUGCAGAGCGUUCAGAAGGUCAUCAUCAACGACAAGCACUGCUUUGAGCUCUACGGAUACGACAUCCUGCUGGACCAGGCUCUCAAACCGUGGUUAAUAGAAGUGAAUGCUUCCCCCUCACUCACUGCCAGCAGCCAGGAGGACUAUGAAUUGAAGUGCCGUCUUCUAGAGGACACUUUGCAUGUUGUAGACAUGGAAGGGAGGCUCACUGGCAAAGAGAAGCAGAUUGGAGGAUUCGACCUCAUGUGGAACGACGGUCCUGUCUCUAAGGACGAUGUAAACCUGGACGCUUUGGGGAGCUCCACCUUAACUGCCAACACUCACUUAGGGUAUGUGAAUGACAGGAAGACACAGCUGAGACAGCUUCUGAAACCCCUCCCAGGACAGAAGAAAGUAUGACAGGAAACAGCCAACCCACAGAGGGACCGAGAGAUCAAAGGAAGAGGACUCGGACAAGCCGGAGCAGAAAGAGAACGAUAAUGAUAUCAGUAGUCAGGCUGACCAGCAGUAAAACAUGUUUUAGUAAAUCAUUUUUUAAAACAAGACUCAAGUGGAUGACAACUCUGUAGCAGCUUUACAUGAAGAAAAAACACAUUUUAUUUUAAUCAUGGUAACAAUGCAGUCCCAAAAAUGUGAUUGGUGGAUCCUAGUGCAUGUGCCAGACUACCUUUGUCUGAAACAAGUACACAAUGAGUGAUCACAGUGCCAGCAUGGCUUACCGAGAUGUUGUAAUGACACAUGCGCACACAUGAAUGACUUGUACCCUCUGAAUAUUUCAUUCAGGCCCUCUGUGUAGCGCUAGCACACCAAGGACAGACAGCAGAUGCAUUACAAAUACGCUGCUCAUGUCAAAGUAUCACAUUGAAGUCUGUGAAGUGAAAGACAGACUCUCCACACAAAUAAGCAAAGACUUUUACAGUCACAGCUGAUUCUCCAAGACGAUGAACCCUGGAUGGAGCUCAUCUUCUAAGUUGCAUGUUAACAGCCUGCAGCUCCUCUUUCGUGAGUGGGGUGAGGUUGAAACCCCUGAGUUCUGGCUUGCCUGGGAAGAGAGAGAUGAUGUAAAGGUAACAUGGAUAGCAGCCUUUGAUCAGACAGUGCUGUCUAGGAUAAAAGCUUGCAGUGUGUAGAACAGAGUGGUCGAGUGUAUGAGUAGAUACUCUUUACAGCCUCGCAGUGUUUAGGACACGGGGUGUUCUGAAAGUAUGGCAGAUUGACAAGGGAAAACAUGGAAUGGGUUUCAUACCUUGCAACUCGUUCAGUCGAUUCACUUUCGCUUUCAGUUGGUUUCUUAGAUCGCAAAUCUCCUUAUCAAGCUGUUUCUGGUCUGAGAAGGACAAUAAUGAUUCAAUAAAAAUAAUACAGCAAUGUAAUAAAUUGAAAAUGUUAACCUCCGAUGGAAUGACAUUCCAGGGCAGAAGCUGCCUGCUGCAAUCUUACAGUUCCUGAAUGUACAAACCUUUUUGAAUCAUCUCUUUGGUCUUUGCUCUAGGGAGCUUAAUAAACAUGUUCCCAAAGCAAACCUUCACCUUGUCUGGAAAAAAAAAAUGAAGUGUUCUGUUAAACAACAUAAUGUCCAAGACCAAAAAAAAAAAAAACAGAA